CAUCAGUCAUACCAGGCAGGGGAGGGAUGGAAAGAGGGGAGGAGGCAUUCAGCUCGGUGCCUCCUCUCAUAACCUGUGCCUGACCAACCUGCCUCCGAGGGGGCUGCGAGGAGCUCCCUCCAUCCCAGCAUCUCCUCACCCCUCCUCUAUCCCCUUGGCUCCCCGCACCCUGAGAAGGAUGGCGGCAAAGCGGGGAGGAGGGAGAGAGAGGGACUGACAGCAACUGCCCUUUCUCCAGGAUGGGUUGAGAGAAAUGAAAUCCUCCAGAGCUCCUUCCUCUGGGUGUUUGGGAGCAGAUCCUGCCUGCCUGGCGGGGUGACUCCUCUGCACUGUCUGUGCGCGCUCCUGUGUGUGUGCUGUGCCACCACAGAUGUACCCCCAGCUGUCACUUCCCUGCGCGCAGUCGCUCCCUCUCCUGCCUCUCUCUCUCUUUCCCUCUCCCCCUAUUUAUUAUUUACGGAGGAUUACAGUCCCUUUCCCACGCUGCCAUCUCACCGUGCGGCUCCUCUGCCCUCCGUGCGGGGCGAGCGGCUGGCUAGGAGGGGCUCCCGGAAAGUAAGAGAGGCAAGAGCCCAGCUGGCAACCGAGGGACUUACUGCUGGAUUUGCUUUGGGAUUGUACCGGGUUCACUAGAAGAGCUGCUGUUCUCACAGGAGGUUCCGUUCCACACAGAGAGAGGGAGUUAAAUAGAGCACACGGAAAGCCUGCAGCCGAGGAGAGAAAGUCAAGGAGGGAGAGGGAAGGAAGAGGCUGUAACUGGACAGUGCCCGGGCAGGCGGGUGGCAGUGGCUGUGGGCAGAGCCCCUCCAGGACUCAGCAGGCAGGCUACAAGGUCAUUCCUCCUCCCUCCGAGGCCGUGUGCCAGGCUGGCUGGUGGAUGUGAAGACACGCUGGAGAAGACAACAAUGCUGCCUACAACUGCUGGCCACCGGUGGAGGAGCAGGUUUCUCAUGAGGUGGCAAGAGGCUUGUUUGCUUGGCUGCUGGCUGUCGCUAUGUGCUGCCGAGUCCUUCUUUGCGUGUCCUUCCUCCUGCAAGUGUAACAGCCACAACCUGGAAGUGGACUGUAGUGGCUUGGGCCUCUCUUCCAUCCCCUCAGACAUCCCCACAAACACCAGGACCUUCCUCUUUCUCAACAACAAACUCAGCAUCCUGCCGGGAGCAGUGUUUUCCAACCUCUCAGCCCUACAGAGGCUGGAUCUAUCCAACAACUUCUUGGACCAGCUCCCUCAGAACAUCUUCAGUGACCUGGGGAACCUCACGGAGCUCCAGCUGAGGAACAACAGCAUCCGGGCCUUGGACAAGGACCUGCUACAACACACGGCGCUGCUGCGCCAGCUGGAUCUCUCCAUCAACGGCCUGGCCCAGAUACCCUCGGGCAUCUUUGAUGACCUGCCUGCCCUCCGCUCCCUCUCUCUCAGGUCCAACCGCCUGCAGAGCCUGGACAGGGUGACCUUCGAACCGCUGACCAGCCUGCAGCAGCUCCAAGUCGGGGACAACCCCUGGGAAUGUGACUGCAACCUUCGAGACUUCAAGCACUGGAUGGAGUGGUUCUCCUACCGAGGUGGGAAAAUCGACCAGCUGGCAUGUACCCUGCCCAAGGAGCUGAAAGGAAAGGAUAUGCGAAUGGUGCCCAUGGAGAUGUUUAACUACUGCUCCCAGCUGGAUGAUGAGAACAGCUCCACAGUGCUGGACAAUACUGGCCCACCUUGCACUAAAGGAAGCCCAACUCCUUCCAAAUCUAAAUCGGGCCCAGAAACAGAAGUGGAGCCCAGCGUGGGAUGCCCUCAGAAGCAGCGAUAUAGGCCUGUGAGCGUGCGCCGGGCUAUUGGCACUGUGAUUAUCGCAGGGGUGGUUUGUGGAAUUGUUUGCAUCAUGAUGGUGGUGGCAGCUGCUUAUGGUUGCAUCUAUGCCUCCCUUAUGGCCAAGUACCACCGGGAGCUGAAGAAGAGGCAGCCACUCAUGGGUGACACAGAAGGUGAACAUGAAGAGCAGAAACAAAUAUCUUCUGUGGCAUGAAACUCCUCUAGGAAGGAAGGGACAGCAAUGAACAAAGAUACCUGAGAGCAGUCAAGCAUGGGUUCUCCCAAAAUACAUCUUCCCAGACAGACAGACUGUGCUAUUGCUCCACUCACUCAAGUAGUGCAACAUGCUUCUGGGGGGUCAGGGCACCUGGCUCAAUUUCUGUUGCUCUGCCCCAGGCCCAUUUUAUGUCCUUUCACCCUUGGGCCCUCCCAGACAAAUAAAGUAGAGUCAGACCUUGAGUGCUUGCUGUGCCUCAUGCCCUUGCAGAGAGCUCCCCUCACAUGUCAGCUGUGGAGGCAGCUGGCACCUUCUGGGAACCUGUGUUAUCCUCUCAGCUUUGGUCCUGAGUCACCUUGUAUCCUGUCAAGAGCUCUCUGCAAACAGAGAGCAGCUCUGUGAAAGCUUAUGACGUGAGGAACAGGACACCAGAAGUGUCCAUGCCUCAAUUUCAGGGUCACUGCUGUUGUGUGGCAGUAAAUUGUUGCCUACCCUACAAGUCAGUGCUGCUGAGAGCACAUCAGAAGGGAGGGAAGGUUCCAAGGGGAUGAUAACUAUCAGGAAGAUAGUUCCCUUCUCACUUUUAAAGGUGGAAAGAUACCAGUAUCACCCUAACACGCUGCCAGAGAGUGCCGUGUCCCUCUUUUUGCUCCUGGUCAAGUCCAAAUCUGCGAGCUGACACACACAUCAUCAGGUGCACAGAUACAGAGCCGUCCUCCUGUACACACACAGCCCGACUCAUUCUGAUCCCACCACACACACAGAAUCAGCCCCAGCUCCAGACACCGAGGCACCCCACCUGCACAUGGAAAGCCAGACAUGCUCAGACUGAUUUGCCCUCUGCAGGCAGCCAUGAAUACAUUCAGCCAUUUUACCUUACCCUCAUCAUAACUGUGCAUAACACCUUCUGGUUCAGACAAAAUACACAGAGCCUGCCAUUGAGGGGUUAAUAAAAACAUCUCAGCCAUAGUGCAGAGGCAGUGGAAAUGGGCAGGAGAGGAUGGGGAGAGGCAAAGUUAUUAAGGUUACAGCAGAAGUCUGUGGAAAUGAGUACACAGCAUAAAAAAAAUAAGGUCUGCUCUUGUUUUCUAUUUUACAUUUUCUAUGAUAAAUGGAGAGGGUAAGGAGAUGAAGCCUCCAUUUGGAAAUGUUUGACUGGCAGAGCAGAAGUGGGUCAUCAGGAAAGACUAGAAGAAGAGGUGGCUUACCAGCAUCAGCAUUGUAGGGUAUGGCUGAGGAGCAGUGUGAGCCUAGUGGAAGGUGGUGGGAGAAGACACACAACCCAAGAGCUGGCAUGGCUAGCAAGAGGGGCAAGAACAGUGUUUGGAGUAGGGUUAUGCAGCUGGAGCGACCGAAGAGAGGCAGCAGAAUUCUGGAGGGUCUUGAGGUGAAGGCUGAAACCUGGACCACAGGUGGGAGAGCCCAGGAAAGGUCCAGCACGGUAGGCAGCACAGCCCACAUACUCUCCCCUUACCGUCACUGCUGUGGUCACGGCCAUUCACAGCUGCAUGAGUGUGCCCCCACACACAACUGCACACACUGCCACUGUCACGUAAGGGUGACUUCCCCCAAACAGGAUUUGAAAGCCCUCAGACUGCAGCGCCUCCUAUUAGUCUCAGCUCUUUUCAACCUGACAGUAAAAAAAAAAAAAAAGGAAAAAAAUUGAAAGGAACUCAACAACUCAACAUAAGGACUCAUUUUGUAUCAGUGGAAGUGGGAUAAAAUGCUGUCUCCAGGGGAGAGCGCACAUUGCCAUGGUAACCUGCUCUAACCCGUCACAGUGGGUAUUCCUGGGCGAGGAAGAUGACACCGGAGGUCGUGCAUCCGCAGUGCCUGUGGAUGGUGUGAUCCCUGCCAUCAGGAAACGAGCUGGCAGCCAGCCCAGCUUUGCAGGGUGUUUCACUAGCAACCUGUGCUCAGAGCCCAGCACGCACUGCAAGGUGGACCCUGCCAGGGCACGUCACCUCUUCCCCCUGCUCCAGCUGGAUCCCGAUGCCUUUGGAUAUCUCACAGCCCUCCUGCUUACUGCUGCUGGAUCCCUGCGGAAGUGAUGCACACUGGCUCCUCUCCCAGUUCUGGUCCCAGACAGGUGGUUGUCCUGACCCAUGGGCACACAAUUCCAAGUCGUUAAUCAAAGCCUGGAGUGACAAACCCCCUCCUGGCCUAGCCAGGGUGACCAGAAGCAAGGAGACAGGAUGCUCUGGGUUGUUCUGGCAUGACAUCCCUUUGACACAGGGAUGCAUGGGACAGAAAAGGAUGCUCUUCAGGAAGCAGAAGGCCAGGCUGUCCUGGAAGAAGGACUAGGAGAAGCAAUCCACCCCCAAGUGUGCGCACACAUUGUACCCCCACUCCCAGCUUGUGGGAAAGUGGAGGAGGAGGGGGGCUGGUAAGAUGUGAGGAGGAAGGACUCUUCCCCCAUGCACUGUAUAGCUACUCCAACCAUCCCAUCUGCUGCAACCGUAGCCCGCUCUGAAGGGCAGAACUGGUGCAGUGCAGACUCUGUACGUGUGUUACUGCUGCUCCACAUUCCCAGCAAGCCAGGACUAGACUCUGCCUGCUGGAUACAAACCUCUCCCCACCCUCCCUCUCAGGGGAACUUCUCCCUUUACCACACUGGACUCCGCGGUCAUACUUGAAAUGGGACUUGAGUCAGAGCGGUAUAUUUAUAGAUCUAUAUUUUACUUGCGUCAAAUAAUGGUGAGACAUUGCACAAAACAAAUGGAAUCUAUAUACAUGUGUGUGUGUAUAUGUGUGUACGUGUGUGUGAGUGAGCAAGAGAAUGAGACUGUUUUUAAGGGGACAGACUAGAGGUAAAAUUAAUGGGAGGGAGGCAGGGGACAACGCAAGGGUUGGAGCAGGGGAGAAAUCCUCCUUUCCCUCCACUUUCCCUGUGACCUCCUCUGGCCCUGACCAAUUUUUCUUUGUUGCUAAUAAUAUUUUCUAUAUCUUGUGUCAUGGGGCUGAUUAUGACCUUGCCCAUCCCUUCCUUUUUGUUUUCAUUUAUAAGGCAGAAAGUUUGGAUUUAUCUCAACCCUAAGCAAGGGACUGCUACGUUUAGAAACCCAUCCAGGAAAGGAGAAGGAGGGAAAAUGGAGAAGAGAGUUACUGAGAAAGAUGAAGGCUGGCUGCACUGGAAAGCAAAUACUGUGCUUGGAAUGACAAGGACCUGUCCUCUUUCAAACAGACCAAAGUAACAGGGUUCACUGGGAAAUGUCCUCUUUACGCUGCUGCUGGCAAACAGGCUCUUACCUUGUUCUCCAGCACACCUGGAAAACAGGCUGCCCUUGUGUGACUGAGCUGCUGCACCAUCCACUGGCACUCUGGGGAACACGGUACCCAGCCUGGUCAGAAACAAAGCUCUCCUGUGGGAUGCUGGAUACAGAAUGUGACCCAGUGCUCCCUGCAUGCCCAGGCAACAGGUUCCUCUGGUGUGUGUGAACAGGGGCUCCCAUUGUCCCUGAGGCCAUGGCUAGGCAUGGGGUGAACCCCCUGAAUGCACCCUUUGCUGUGGGCAGGUGUACCAAUGCCACAUGCAGGUGCCUGCCCUCGGGAAAUGGCCAUCUGGGGCAGGCAGGUCCAACACGUGCCAGGGCAAUGUAGGGGCUGGCAGGGCCGCCAGAAACACCCAUUCUACUCUCCCCCGCUCCCCUGGGUACAGGUACAGGCAGGCACAUUUCUUGCAGGGAACGGAUGGCACUUGUAAUUUCUUUUUCUUUUUGUUACUGUUAGAGGGAGAGCAACAAGAUUUUCUAAAAAUGAUUGAAUGGAGGUUUCUUUGGCACGAGGCAGAAAAUUUUUAAAGGUAUACUAUAUUUCUGGCUUGUUGUUACAGAAGAAUAAUAAAGAAUGUAUUUUCCUAUGC